GGAACUGGUAAUUUACAAAUAUAUGUAAUGAUGCUCUUGUAAAAGGAAUCAGGAUUAUUUACCGGCAACCAUAAACAGGACCCCAAAAACAACAACACAGGAAGUGGGAUAAUGUGUUCACUGUGAAGAUUUGUGAUUAUAACUUAUAUAAAGAUCACAACCCUGACUGAAGAUGAACAGCCUCUCUCCAGAGGUGGCACUGGGUCGGAUUUCUCCUGAGCUGAGGCCUUUACUCUUUACUGUGGUACGUAAUGGACGGGUUGGUUUGGACUCCUCUAACUGUCUCCGGAUUACUGAUAUUAAGAGUGGCUGUACAUCACUGAUGCCUGGUCCAUGCUGUGAUAGAUUUAAACUUCACAUUCCAUAUGCUGGAGAGACUCUCAAAUGGGAUAUUAUUUUUAAUGCCAGAGAACCAGAGCUGCCCCCUGACUUUAUCUUUGGAGAGGAUGCUGAUUUUCUGCCAGAGCCAUCAGAACUCCUGCACUUGGUGUCAUGGGACACUGGUAAACCAGAGUGUCUCCUACAGCUAGUGAAAGAGCUGCUACAGCAGUACCAUCAGUACCAGUGCCAGCGGCUGCGUGACAGCUCCCGCCUGCUCUUUGAGUACGACAGCCUGCUGGAGGACUAUGGCCAAAGCAUGGAGAUCUACGCUGGCCGCAAGAACAGCUGGACAGGGGAGUUCUCUGUUCGAUUCCUCCUCAGACUCCCAGUGGAUUUUAGCAACAUUCCAAUCUAUCUUCUCAAGGACACUUCACUGGAUCCAGGCGAAGAUGUGGUGCUUCUUUCAGUUAACUUUGAAGAUGCUGAAGCCACACAGGUCUUCCCAAAACUCUACCUGUCUCCCAGCAUUGAGCAUGCACUUGGAGGACCUUCGGCAUUACAUAUACCAGCAUUUCCCAGUGGAGGCUGUCUCAUUGAUUAUGUGCCUCAAGUAUGCCAGUUACUUACAAACAAGGUGCAGUAUGUUAUUCAAGGAUAUCAGAAGAGAAGAGAAUACAUUGCUGCUUUUCUCAGUCAUUUUGGAAUGGGGGUGGUGGAGUAUGAUGCUGUGGGGUUUACCAAGCUCACCCUUUUGCUAAUGUGGAAAGAUUUCUGCUUCCUGGUACAUGUGGACCUACCUUUAUACUUCCCUCGAGAUCAACCAACCCUUACCUUUCAAUCAGUCUAUCACUUUACCAGCAGUGGGCAGCUCUACUCUCAGGUGCAAAAGUCUUACCCCUAUAGUCCACGCUGGGACGGCAAUGAAAUGGCCAAACGAGCCAAGGCUUACUUCAAGGGCUUUAUUCCUCAGUUCCAAGAGGGGGCUUUUACCAAUGGAAAACUGUAGAUAUAUUCUGUAAAUUAGGAUAAUGUCUCUAAUUUGACUGCUGACUUUUGGAGUUUUUGGAGAAUAUCUAUGAAUGUCAAUUAGUCUAACGUGCAUGAACCCAGAAUUAGUCUGUUUUUUGAAAAACCUCUGAAUCACAAGGCUUAUAUUAGCUGGUCCUUUUUAUUGUUCAACCUUCUUGACCUCAUGAGCAAGAGGUACACGUAAAUGUACUGCAUGUACUUUUUCAUCUUUUUUUGUGCUCCUGGCUAAUAAUUUAAAUUGGUUUAUUUGUGUUUUGCAAUAGAUUACAGCAAUAAAUCUAAUUUCUUUUA